UUAUUAGAACAGUUUAUCUUAUCUUUACCAAAUUUUACCAUUUUGUAUCAUGCUGGUAAAAUAACUUUAGCUCCUGUUAGGAUAUCCUUCCAUUACUUCUCGUUGGAUUGGGAGAACCUAAUUCGUGUUGCGCCGUGUCAGGAGUCAAGUGCACCCAGAAUCUCAGCCGUACCCAAUGGGUGGUGCUAGUGGAAGUACCCGGAUGUAUUGACGGAAAUGCUCUGAACAGCAUCGCGGAGGUAGCCAUGGUGCGGGUGAAGUCGAGGUAUUUGCUUUGUGAGGUUAAUGUGUCGGAGAGCAGCAACCUGUUGCUUCUGGAUGACCGCGCUGUUGCAGGGGCUGUGAGGUCGGCGGUGGCCCGCAUGCACGGUGAUUAUGGGGCAGCACUCUGUAGUACACGGUUUUCUGUGAAAUACCUAAAUGCUCACACUGGAAUAGUGUUUCUACGUUUCGCUAAAAGCUGCUACAAACUCCUCUGGUCUGCAUUACCUUUCAUUACAAAUAUUGAAAGUCGAGGGCAAAAAAUCCCAUGUUUUCUCAACUGCUUGCAUGUAGGAGGAACUAUUAGAACAUGUCAGAAUUUUUUGAUCCGCUACAACGCCCAGCAGCUCCACCGAAUUCUUCCUAAAUGUAAAAAUGAAGCAGAAAAAGAUCAACUUCGCCAAGAAAUUCUUAAUUGCAGACUAACACGUGGAAAUAGGUCAACAUAUGAGGAUCUAUCUGAGUUUGAAGAAGAUGAAAGAGAGUGAUCAAAGUGUAUAUGUUUGAUGGAUAUUCCCUCAUCUUCACCCAUUGACUUACAUACUCCUAUUUUGAAUCACAGCAGUAAAGUUAAUUUGGAAAAUCCUGUUUUAUUGGUUAUGUGUGGUGUUUUUAUUUUUUUAGAGUAAAAAAAGACUCAGGGUUCUAUUGACUUUGUUUCCAAAUAGAAUUUUUGUUUGUCCGUCAACACAAUGUAAAUAAUUAUUUUCCUUUUUUAAAAUUUUAUUUAACAGCCCAAAUAAAAGUAAAAAGAAUAUGUU